AUGGACGUCGACGGCGCAUCGCUCGUCCAGGUCGAGGACGGCGACGACAAGAAGACUGUUCUCGCAAUUCCUCUCGCCGCAUUGGUGCCUUUCGCGAACCCAUUGGCCGACGACAAGAGCCAGAAGAAAGUUCUCAAGAGCGUCAAGAAGGCUGCCAAAGCCAAAGCCCUCAAACGCGGCGUAAAAGAAUGCGUCAAAUCCAUCCGCAAAUCCCCACCAUCCACGCCCGCCAGCCUGGCCUCCUCCGCCCUUCCCAACGGCAUCGUAAUCCUCGCCGCCGACAUCUCACCCAUGGACGUCAUCAGCCACAUUCCAGUGCUAUGCGAGGACCACGGAAUCCCCUACAUCUACGUCCCUUCGCGCGCGGAAUUGGGCGCGGCGGGAAGCACGAAGAGGCCGACGAGUGUGGUCAUGUUGACGCCGGCAGUGGGAAAGAAGGGCGAGGGCGCGGAGGAGUGGGCGGAGGCGUAUAAGGAGCUUGCGAAGUUGGCGCAAAAGCUGGGCCAGCACGUGAAGGUCUGA